CAUGUUUCUAUCGUUAUGAAUGAUUGCUACAUGGCUUUUCCAUGGAGAGAUAUUUGUCAAAUGCUAAUUAUAUAAAUUCUAUUUAAAAUACUAAUGUAAUUUGGCUGACAAUCAAGACCGAAUUUUAAGUCCGAAGGAAAAAACUCGAGCUCCUCAUCCAGAUCGAUGAAAGCCACUAGAACUGGCAAUAAAACAAAUGCCUGUACUCAACGCAGAAACCCCAUUUCCCUUUAGGAUUUAGAGUUGGAAGCCGGAGCUGUUGAUUUCCGUGGUUCCACAAUUAAGAGUCGUUCGAUUUGUCAUCUCUCGAACUGCUGUGAUACCGUUGUUCCUUCCGCCGGCGCGAGGCUCUGUUCGAGGUUCCGUUCCCGUUGGUAUCUCUGGUCGCUGCAAUUUUUAGGACAGAUUCUGAUUUUGCUUUUUUCGGCUAAACAGAAAUGUUACUCUGAGUUCCAUUAAUCGAAUAAUUCGCUCAAGAAGGUAUGACUGAUAUUGCUUUACCAUGGGAUAAGUUGUCUUUAGAUUUAAUAAAACAAGAGGAGGGGCAAUCAAGUGCUGAAAGGAAGAAAAGGACAUAUGUAGUUCUUGUAUCCACAGGAAGUUUCAAUCCUCCUACUUACAUGCACUUGCGCUGUUUUGAGUUGGCAAGAGAUGCAUUGACUUCAGAAGGGCUUUGCGUAAUUGGAGGUUAUAUGUCACCAGUAAAUGAUGCAUAUAAGAAGAAGGGUCUUAUAUCUGCUGAGCAUCGUGUUGCAAUGUGCCAAUUAGCUUGUAAAAGCUCAGAAUUCGUUAUGACAGAUCCCUGGGAGGCAACCCAGGAUAGCUAUCAACGAACAUUGACAGUUCUCUCCAGAAUAAAGUCCGCUCUCUGUGGUGGAAGUUUGGCAUCCAGUGAAGCCCUCAUGGUCAUGCUUGUGUGUGGUUCUGAUCUGCUAGAAUCUUUCAGCACACCUGGAGUUUGGAUACCUGAGCAGGUCAGGACCAUAUGUAGAGACUUUGGCUUGGUUUGUGUCCGGCGAGGUGGUCAGGAUGUUGAAAAGAUCAUUGCGGGUGAUGAUAUUUUGAACGAAUAUAAGAAAAAUAUCAAAGUUGUGGAUGAAGUAGUGCCUAAUGGAAUCAGUUCAACGGGAUUAAGGGACUGCAUCUCGAAAGGGUUAUCAGUGAAGUACUUGACAGCCGAUGAAGUAAUUGAUUAUAUGAAACAACAUAACCUUUAUAGAGGGCAAUGUUCUAACAACUGAAUCAGAAGCUCCUCCUCUCAUGAGCUUGUUUUCUUAAAUAGUUGUCGAUACCUGUCCAAGAGUCGCUCAUUUCUUUGAGCUGUGAUGUUAGCAGCGAGGCUACUGUCCCUUCCUGCAAGAGCAGAAACAUAUAUUCUUUGUACUUCCUUCAAGGACAAGAGACGAGGACGAACACUUGCUCAUUCCAGUUGUCCUCUAUGUUCAUUUGUGGUGAAAUCUUUUUCUUUUCUGAAACAAGGGCUAGUUACAGAUUCUCCAGCCAGUUGAGGGAGAUCUUGGCUUCAUGUGAUUAUAACUUAUAAAUAACACAAAACCUCAUAAUGUCUUUAAAAGUACUAUAAUAUAUUUUUUCUUUCUUGGAUUACAAAAAAACAUUAUAUGAAGCAGACAAUUGCUUUUGAAUUUAUAUCUGAAUAUUCUCUGCUUUUCCCCA